UUUGAAUCGAAUGAGGAUAUAAUUAUAAAUUAUAUAUUAAUGAAAGCACACUCCACUUAUAACAUCACUGUUAAUGGAAUCAGUCAUCCAAACUCCAAGGAAAAUUCAAACACUCAGAUUUCCCAAGGGUUAUUUCUAGAGUCAUCAAAAAUUGAAAGGGCUCUCCAAAAUGCGAUUUCUAACCAAGGAAUCUCCCAGAAUUAUGAAGAGCUGCUCGAAAUUUAUGCUAAAAAGUACUGCCUUCAUGAUUUCUGUUCUUGACCUACCUUCUCUGAUGGAAUCUCUAAACAUAAUUUAAGCAACAACAAAAGUUUAGAAUUUGAGAUCAAAGAAAAUCACCAUACUUUGCAAGCAAAUGAAGGAGUUAAUUCGAAGAACUUAGCCAAUGCAUCUCCCAAAACUAGCGAUUUUUCUCGAUAUUAUUUCAAUAAAAAUUUCACUCCUCCUAGUACUCAGAGCAGCGAACUUGCUUCUAGUAGUACAAGAAGAGGAAAAUUUAAGGAAUCUUCUGGACUUAAAGCAAAGAAUAAAACCGAAAAGAGGUUGGAAAGAAGCUAUACUAAUACCAACUCCAGAAAAGAUGUAGUCUAUAAGGCCAUCCUCAGAUUCAUGAAGCGCCGUUUUGAGGAAAAUUUCAGAACUUCACAACUAAGUUCUCCUUGCUAUAGUGGAAAGACUACCAACUCUGCUAGAGAAGUUAUGAAAUAUCUCUCUCAGAGUGGGGAAGCUGCAGAAGAUAAGCUUGCACAUAUUUUUAUAUCCAUAAUAGACCCGAGAAGAGAGCAUAAAAGAUAUGGAUCAUCAUGCGAAUCUUUCAGAAAAGAAUUUAACAGUUGCUUAUCCAGAUUUAAUUUUAAGCAUCUGCUAGAAUGAACUAAGAAUAAAUAUUUCUCUUCCCUCUUCUUAAAUUUUUGGACUAACCAGACAUCUUGGGAGGAUUUUGUGAACUCAAUCAACCAAAAGAGGGAAGAGCCUAUCAGCACGGAAGCAUAUAAGCACUAUUUAGACAAAUUAAUAGUGAAAUGUCAGGAAGUACUCUCAGAGGAUCCUUAACAUAAUUCUUCUUAAAAUUUU